GAGGAAAUCAAAGUUACUGGUGGGAGCAGGCGGCCAGCGCGCGCUCUAACAAACCUUUUACCGACAUUGUCCCUGACCAAAAAAGAGCAAAACGACAAGUUUCAUCUGCGGUGAAAAUGAUCACGUGCGUGCAGGGGAUGCUGUGUCUGUCGCUCCUGGUGACGUUCGCCGCGUGCAACGCUCCUCCGGUCCCGUUAGACGACAUCAUCGUGGAGAAAACCUCCGUGCCAGAGCAGUGCGCGCGCGCCGUCAAAGUUGGGGACUUCGUCAGGUACCACUACAUCGGAACGUUCCCGGACGGCAAGAAGUUCGAUUCGAGCUACGACCGUGGGAGCACCUACAAUGUGUUUGUUGGCAAGAAGCAGCUGAUUGAAGGGAUGGACAAAGCUCUGGUGGGGAUGUGUGUCAACGAGAGGAGCCUGGUCAAGAUCCCUCCCCACCUUGCCUACGGAAAACAAGGAUACGCUGAUCUCAUCCCUCCCGACUCCAUCCUCCACUUUGACGUUCUGCUGCUGGACGUUUGGAACCCAGAGGACGGCGUUCAGAUCAACACGUACCAUUUACCGCCCGUCUGCUCCAGGAAGGUGGAGGUCUCUGACUUCGUCCGCUACCACUAUAACGGCACUCUGCUGGACGGGACGCUCUUCGACUCCAGUCACACUCGCAUGCGCACCUACGACACCUACGUCGGGAUCGGCUGGCUGAUCGCCGGUAUGGAUCAGGGGCUUCUGGGGAUGUGUGUCGGAGAGAGGCGCAUCAUCACCAUGCCUCCGUCACUUGGCUACGGGGAGAACGGAGAUGGAAGUGACAUCCCCGGUCAGGCGUCUCUGGUGUUUGAUGUUGUUCUGUUGGACCUUCACAACCCCAGAGAUGGAAUCACGGUGACCAAUCAAAUCGUGCCGGAGUCCUGCACGAGGAAGACGGUCGCAGGAGACUUUGUGCGUUACCACUACAACGGGAGCCUCCUGGAUGGGACAUUUUUUGAUUCCAGUUACUCUCGCAAUCGCACUUACGACACGUAUGUGGGUCAAGGUUACGUGAUCGCCGGCAUGGAUGAGGGUCUGAUUGGAGUCUGCGUUGGAGAGAAACGCACCAUCACCAUCCCUCCACAUCUCGCCUAUGGAGAGGAGGGCACAGGCUCUAAGAUCCCAGGUUCAGCUGUUCUCGUGUUUGAUGUUCACAUCAUCGACUUCCACAACCCUUCAGACAGCACUGAGGUCACCAUCACCUACAAACCAGACGAGUGUGAAAAGCAAACCAGGAAAGGAGACUUCAUCAAAUAUCACUACAAUGCCUCUCUGUUAGAUGGAACACCCAUCGACUCCACGCAUAAUUAUGGAAAGACAUAUAACAUUGUUCUGGGAGCCAACCAGGUGGUCCCGGGGAUGGAGGACGGACUGCUGGGCAUGUGUGUGGGAGAGAAAAGACACCUUGUUAUUCCUCCUCACCUGGCCUAUGGGGAGAGAGGAGUCACUGAUGAAGUUCCAGGAAGUGCUGUGAUGGUGUUUGAUACUGAGCUGGUUGAUAUGGAGGAAGGCCUUCCUGAAGGCUAUAUGUUUAUCUGGAACGACGAGGUGUCACCGGACCUUUUUGGAGAGAUGGACAAAGACAAGAACAACCAGGUGGAGCCCUCGGAGUUUACCGGCUACAUCAUGCAUCAGGUGAACGAGGGCAAAGGCCGUCUGGCUCCCGGCUUCGACCCUUACCGCAUAAUCGACAACAUGUUCUCUAACCAGGACCGCAACGGAGACGGAAAGAUCACAGAGGCAGAGUUCAAACUCAAAGCAGACGAAGCUGCGAGUCACGAUGAGCUAUGACGGGACGGAGGGGGAG